AGCUGUUUGCAGCUCGGAUGAAAUAGCCAGUACAGUCACCAUGAUGAAAACUUGUUGCCUUUUUUUCUGGGAGGGAGAGCAUGGUUUCAGUAAAUCUGUACAGUCAGGAGUUAUUUAUUCUGAUUGUUGCUAAUCACACAAGUUCAUAGGAGUGAGAGAGAAAAGCCAGAGAGUUUAGUUAAUGAGCAUAAGAUCUUAGGACACCUGCCUGCAGAAAUAUGCAUGUUGACAAGUCAGUAGUGUGCCUUCAAAAUGUCAACAGCACACACUGAAGACACGUGAAUUGUUCCAAAAGACAGGAAAUAUAGUAAAGGAAGAGACCUGAAUCCACCACAAAAGGAGAUUUAUUCAAAGAAAGUGCUAUGAGUGUACAGCGGAACUGUGCAGGCAUUUGUAGUCCUUUCCUGCGCGUGAUAUGGGUUGUUUUAAGAAAUGAACUCUAACUUAUUUACGGAUCCAAAGAAGUUUUGUUUGCAUGUUUUAACGUAUUUUGCGGUUUUGCUCCUCCUCGUUUCACAAGGAACGACGGCCCCUGUAAAUUCCCAGUCCCGCAGGUUUGUCGGAAUUACUCCAGUGCAGGGACAAAAAGACGUCACUCAGAAAAAGAUGUUUUUACGAACCAAAAGUCACCGUGCUCUAGAAAUAUUGAGUGACGGGACUGUAAGGGGAACAGCCUGUGGACAUAAUACACAAUAUUCACUUCUUCAGUCCGGCUCUCAUAACUUGGGGAACACAGUGUUUGGGAUCGCUGCCCAGAGAUUUUUAUGUGUCGCACCUGAUGGCAUCAUCUACAGUUUGCCGAAGGAUGACUUUAAAGAAGAAGAUUGUGUGUUCAAUGAGACUAUAGAUUAUAAAGAAACUGGAAACAGGUCAAAUCCGGGCGUUCUGGAAUAUUCCAAAUACCGGCAUAAAAAGCAUGGAAUCCGGGUGGGGAAUUCAGUGCGGAGGUACCAGUUAGCAUUAGUGUGCAAUAAAGCUGUGACAAUUAGUAUGAGGAAGGACAGAAAGAAAUAUGUAAACGAAACACUAUUUCUAGUGGAAAGAACUGACUUAGAAUUACGUAGUCUUCAAGAAAACUGUUCUAGGCCGUCCAAUUCUGAUCUUAGUUGUAAAAAAAGAGAGUCGGAUAAGAAAGACUGUUCCGAAAAAGUGAAAAAGAAAGGAGCUAAACGGAGUUACGUCAAAUUUUGUAGGAAAGUUAUGAAGAAUUUUUUUAGUGCAUCUCUACGGAAAUUGAGACUUUUCAGAAAACGCGACUGCUACUCUGUACUGAGUGAAUAUUACACAUGUAGAAGGAAGAAACGACAAAAUAACAAAGGACCUUCAUGAAAGGAAGACAAGUCUUUCAUACGGGAUUUAGAUCUGAGUUUCCCUGAUCUGGAAACAAACAACUAGCUAGUCUCUAGCUAUAUGCAGCAGCUCACCCGGAAAUGACGUCAUGAUUCUAGGGAGCAGUAGCUGUGAUGUGUUGGCGAGAAUUGCCCCACAAAACAUUAGAAUAUCAUUGAUACAAUAUGCAUUGUACAAUUGAUACUUUCGAGGAAAGAAAUACAUCUUUUCCUUCAUCAUCCAUCGUUUUCUUCAAACUCUUGUGUCCUCCCAUUUACGUUCACAUGUUGCAAUAUGAUAAUUGUGAUUAGUGGGUUUAUAUCACGUGGUGCUCUCAGGGCGAUGACGUAUGUUUUUCUAGCGAUGAUGUAUGUUUUCUAAGCCGUUUUCACUCACUUCAUUGUCACUUCAAAAGUGCAAUAAGAAAAUUUGGACAAUUUGUUGGAGUGCAGCAGAGGUAAAGCAGAUAUAGAAGGGUAAAAUGAAUGUGAAAGUUAGAGAGAGCGCGAAAGAGAGAGAGAGAGAGAGAGAGAGAGAGAGAGAGAGAGAGAGAGCAUAUUGCCUAAGACUAAGAGGAAUUUAUUUUAUUUAAAUAGUGCCAAACUGCAGACUGAUCAAGUCCUGUACAAAGAUAAUUGUGAAUAAAGAUCUAGAUCGUUAGCAUUUGUAUAAUUUGUAAAAAAGUUUACGAGGUACACAUCUGCGUGUAUAUUUUUUUUUUUAAUUGACAUUUUUUUUCAAUUAUGUAAUUAUAUAUUCCUUUGAUUCAAAUUCAAAGGUUUGUUCCUCUUCUUUUACGGACUUUUUUGGAAUGGGGCAAUUCAUUUAAAAAUUUGCUACACAGAUCAGCGAUUGUCCGGUCUGUCAAUGCGUCUGUAUUGUCUUGUCUUUUAACAGGGGUACUUAGAUCGCGUGUGCAUUUAUGAUCAAAUUUCUUAUUGACAAUUAUAAUUGAGACAGAGCUGCACUCCCAACACCUGUCGGAACCAAACUGUUUCUCCUAUUUCUACAUUGUAUUAUUUUUAUAUUUGAUGCCAGUAUUCUCUGCCAAAAUGCCCUCGACUUUUUUAAGACUUGUGUCUCAUUACUUUGUAAAAAUGGGGGGCUUUAUUUAAAUCAUUGUUGUUGUCAUAAAUACUGUUGUUAUAAUAUUGUAUAUUAAAACUUGAAAACCUU